AUGAGCUGCGAAGGGCGAGGAGCCUCACUGCCCGGCCAGGGCCGCUCCGGGGCUCUGGACCUGCCUCAGGCCAGCCAGACCCUGGGCCUGCCCCGCGGGCUCUGCGGGCUGGGCCCGGGGCUGGGGGCUCGGAAGGGCCCGGGGCACGGCCCGCGGCCCCGGGAGGCUGAGGGGAGGGCCAGGCAGCCCCGGCCGGGGAGCGGAGAGCAGAGGCCGGCGGGAAAAGCCCAGCGCUGUCUCCUGUUGUUCAAGGGCUCCUCUCACCUGCCUCAGCAGCUGAAGUUCACGACCUCCGACUCCUGCGACCGCAUCAAGGACGAGUUCCAGCUGCUGCAGGCCCAGUACCACAGCUUGAAGUUGGAAUGUGACAAACUAGCCAGCGAGAAAUCGGAGAUGCAGCGUCACUACGUCAUGUACUAUGAGAUGUCCUACGGGCUGAAUAUUGAAAUGCACAAACAGGCUGAAAUUGUCAAGAGGCUAAAUGGGAUUUGUGCACAGGUCCUGCCCUACCUUUCACAAGAGCAUCAGCAGCAAGUCUUGGGAGCCAUCGAACGGGCUAAGCAGGUCACGGCGCCAGAACUGAACUCCAUCAUCCGUCAGCAGCUUCAAGCUCACCAGCUGUCGCAGCUCCAAGCCCUCGCUCUGCCUCUGACCCCGCUCCCCGUGGGGCUGCAGCCCCCAUCGCUCCCCGCUGUCAGCGCCGGCACCGGGCUCCUGUCGCUCUCGGCCCUGGGCUCGCAGGCUCACCUCUCCAAGGAGGACAAGAACGGCCACGACGGGGAUGCCCACCAAGAUGAUGAUGGGGAGAAAUCGGAUUAGAGCGACCGGGGGGCCGGGGGAAGGGGGCUGUCCGGGGGAGGGAGGGGGCGGGUUAGUGCAAAAUGCAGUAUCUCUCUCUGGUUGCUGUGCAGCAGGGCCGUGGUGACCUGUGCUCGGUGGCAGCUCUCCAGGCCUGUCCCCACGGGCGGGUGGCAGGGCCUGGGGGGUGUCCCCUGCGCCGUCCCCGGCUGCUGCACAGCAAUGCAAGCGCCAUAGCAUUACCCGUGUGGCCAAUCGUGCUCUCCCUGUGCCCAGCCUGCCUUCCCUGGCCCUCCUCCCACUCCGUCAGAGCUGAGCCAGAGCCUGGCUUGGGCCGCUCUGGGGCCACUUUGCCCCCUGGCUGUCCCAGCUCCUCGGUGCCACGUGGCCCCUUCCUCCACCUGCUGCUCCCCCCUCGGUAUUUAAAGAUUGCCCCUUGAUCCUAACGGUUCUGCACAACUCCCUGCUAGGAUCCCUGGCCCAGAACAAUCUCCUCCCUUCCCCAGGCGCUCUUGGUCUCGUCGCAUCGCCCUGGCCCCGUGUCGCCCACGCCCCUCCUGCACUAAUACCAGGCCGGCGCCUUGCUGUUCUGCAUGUACCUGUUCUCAACCAGCUCUGGCUGCCAGGGGCUUCACCCUGGGCUGGAGGGGGAGCCUGUGCCACCUGCUCCUCCUCAGCACAGCAUCCAGGGGCCCAGGUGGCUGGGCAGAGGGGGCAGGCAGACCGAGAGCCUUCCCCGGCCUCCCCCUCCCCGUGCCCCUGCCCUGUGUAGAGGAUACAGCAGCUUUCUCUGUUCUUAUCUCCGUGCGCUAGCGUGUCUUCUUAAAAAACAAAAAUGGAAAAAAAAAAAAUAAUAAAUAAUAAUCUGGUGUUUGUAUAUAGUUCUUUAGAAAGAUCUUGUUUUGCUUUUUGUGUUUAAUCACUUGACCUAUAAUAAGAGGAACUGAAAAUGCUGUAUCAAGGACGUACAAGCUGUGCCUUUCAAAUAAAGAAAUAAGAAGGUUGGUUAAAACCAUGA